CCUGCACAGUCUGCUUCUGUGCCAGUGAGUUCUGCUCCGAUGGAGUUAUUGCCCGGUGAGUUGGAGGCCCUUAGGAGAGAACUAAAAGAUUCAUGGAGGAGGCAAGAAGCAGCCGAGGCGGAGGUGCACAGGCUGGACACGGCGCUGGCUCUGCGUGCUCAGGAGUAUGAAGGACUGAGGAGAAAUAGUGAGCAGGCUUUGCAUGUGGCCCAUAACCAGUUGUGUGAACUGGAGCAGGCCCUGGGUGAGGUGCAGAGAUGAAUGGCCGGCUCUGAAACCCGAAUGAGACAGAUGCAAGCUCAUCUAGCGGCCGUCAGGGAGCACUUGUGAGAAGAGCUGACAGUCCAGCUCCAAGAGGCCAAAGGUCAGCGAGAGGCAGCCGUAGCUGAUUUUGGGAGGAUGCAGAAAGAGCUCAUCCAGAGUAGAAGCGAGGUGGAGCAGCAGAAGGAGCACCAGAGCUAAUGCAGGAACUUAGCUCUUAGCCGAUUUUCCCAUGAGCUCCUCAGCAGGGAAGAGCAACUAAACACACUCGGGGCCAGGUUAGCGGACAUGGAGACACAGCCAGCUGAGAUGUUGUGUAAAGAAGCACAGACUCCAUCAGAAUGUUGCCUCACUCACGAGAAGAGCACCAUGACUGUCCUCACCACAGAGACCAAUGAACGAACCAUGGAUCUGGAGAACUACAUUAGCAAGAAUGAGCACACAGUCAUAACUAACUCACUAAAAGAUGCACUGCAGCAGGCUGAAACCAAAGCUGACGAGGCUCUACAGAAGUACCAGAGUGUCCAGGAGGAGAACCAGAGCCUGCUGAGAGAACUUCAAGAACAAAAGAUUGAGCUGGAUACCAUCCAGAAGGCUCUGCAGGCUAGGUUUGUUCCUGUUACCUUAAUGGAGGAAAAGGAGAAAGAUGUGGAGCGACUCAAACUGGCCCUGGAAGAGAUGGAGAAGCAACAAAACCAGGGCAGUCUGAACAUCUCAAACAGAAAGGAUGAGGGUAUUCAGAGAGAAGAACACAGACAGCCAUGCACAAGUGAAGUACAGCAGAACCAAGUGUCUUAUUCUUCAGGGAGUGACAGAGCAGAAUGUGAAGUCACUAGAAGAGCGGUGAAAAAUAUGCAGCCAACUGAAAUAGAGAGCAAAAGUAGCACAACUGAAGACCAGGGCAGCACAUUGCAAGAUCAGGUUGAAAAGUCUUCAGUGGAGCAUGAAGGACAGAGGUUGGCUCAGGUCAACAUAUCAGAACCCAUCAGCUCCUGUGAACCAUCACAGUCUUGCAGCUCUCUCCAGACGCAGGUCCACAACCUACAACAGCAGCUAGAGGACUGUGAAAAACAUUAUAGACAUGUGCUUUCAAUAUACCGAACACGGUUGCUCAGUGCAGCACAGGUAACAUUUUAUUCUUGUAUGUUCAGAAACUGUGUAUUUCUUUUGCAGGGUUACAUUGAUGAAGAGGCCAAAGUGGCUCCAGAUUGUCAAGAUUAG